AGGUGGACCUGAGUCGACCCUUUUGUUUACAGGGCACUGUGAUGGAGGGGAGUAACAACCCUCCCGUGAGUGACGUCGGCAGCGCCCCCACCAGCCCCUCACAGAUGAGUAACGGGGCGACCAGCGACCUGUCCAGCAGUGACGAGACCUCCCACGGGACGCUCGCCUCACCGUCUCCCUCAUCCAGACGUCCUCAAGACACGCCCACCGGCCACACCCCUGCCAAGCCCGACCCCAUCACUACCACCAUCACCACCGCCACGGCCACCACCACUACCACCACCUUUGACGACCACAUCGUCAUAAAGGAGGUUGUUCCUUCGGGCGUCGGGAUCAACUACAAAAGCCUGACGGUGACGCCGAAGCCCAGCGUGGUGACCCCGUGA